GGACUGACAGAAUGACUGUCGUGGUGCAUGCCAAACUGUUGGUUUGUGGUUUGUCGUGUGGGCAAAAGGGAAAUUUGGAGGUUGGGGUGCAAGUGUGCUAUUAAGGAUACAAGAGUGCAAAAAAAUGUGGUGUGGGUGCUUUACAGGAAGAUUGUGUUUGUCUUCACAGAGCCAUCCCAUUUAUGCCGAUGGCUGUAUGUGUAGCUGAACAGAGAGAGACAGACAGUUGAAUAAGAGAUAGGGCAAGAGGCCUCAUGUGUUUUACUUCUUGUGUUCAGUUAAAAGUAAGCAGACAGCUCAACAUAUGUGAAAAAGAACAGAAUCUCCUAUUACUCAUUUUUUUCUUCUUCUUACCACCAGGGUUGAGCACAACAUCUGAAGGGUUUUUUUUUCACUCAUCACCUGUUGAAGAAGCAGAGAAUGUUGCACAGGUUGACCUUUUGCAGCAACAGCCUGUCCUGAAUGUGUUCAACGGCCAACUAUGUUCUCCCACUGAGGAGAACCUGUGAGGUAUUAGCCACUCCAGGCAAGUUGUGUGGGGGAGUGUCCAUGUCCACUAAUUUCCCUGGAGCCAGAUCUCAUGGAGCCCCUCAGGACACAGAGAUGGAUGUGGCUUGGCAGGAGCUGAUGGCCAUCACAGAGCUGCAGUUUGAGGUCCCCGGUGAAGGCUCCUAUGAAACACCACAGUACCAAAGCAUGGAACCUAUGGUCCCUAUGGGAGGAUAUGGGAUAACUCAGUCCCAUUCUGAACCUCUUCCUGCUGCUGCCUGUGAGCUAAACACUGCUGAGACCUAUGAUGGAUGUUACUCUGAAGAGGUGCCAGUCUGUCAUCGUCUAGGCAGCAAUGCAGAGGCAAUGUACAGACACUCUGAAUCUCAGCUCAAUCAAAGAAUGCUCCCCGUCUCCUCUCACACACAGCCCUCACUCAUGGCUCCAAGGGAACAGAUGAACGUGUCAGGCACCAGUCAAGGGCACAGGAGGGCCAACGCUUGUCUUUCUCAGGGUCUAAAUCGGCACAUGCUGUGGACUACACAUGGACAAAAUUUGCACGUUCGCUCAGCUGAUGAUCUGGAGUCUGACUCCGGUCUGUCUCUGGGUUCUAGUCCACCUCUGGCCUCCCCAGAUAAUCCUGUUGGUGGUGCACCAGGUUACCAGAGUGUAGACAUAGGUAUGACAUAUAGUGAUGGUGAACCAGACAGCAUGACUGACCAUGCGCGAGGAGCACACAUCCCUUACUCAAUGGACUACCAGAAUCAAUCUCACUCAUAUUUACACUCAGGUGCACAUCCAUCUUAUUUUUCACCCCAACCCACUUUAUCUCAUACACAACCCAAUGCACCGACUCCUUGGUCAGUGAAGCAGCAAGGUCAGAGCAACCUGUACAGUGAUUCUGGACUGUCCACCAGAGGGAGCUCACAGCAUAACAUGUACACAAAACCAGAAGGAAGCAUGUCCACUCCUGUUCCACGGAGCAGAGAUGAGCGGCGGGCCAUGGCUUUGAAGAUCCCCUUCCCCAUGGAUAAGAUGAUCAAUCUACCUGUGGAUGACUUCAAUGAGCUUCUGACACAGUAUACUCUGACGGAUGCUCAACUAGCACUGGUCAGGGACAUAAGGCGGAGAGGGAAGAACAAGGUGGCAGCUCAGAACUGCAGGAAAAGGAAGCUUGAGAGCAUAAUUCACCUUGAAAGAGAACUGAACCAGCUGCAGGCCCAAAGAGAGCACCUGGCAAAGGAAAGGAGCGAGUUCAAGCGCAGCUUGACUUUUAUUAAAUGUCGCCUUACAGACCUCUAUUCAGAAGUAUUUUCUCACUUAAGAGACGAAGAUGGACAACCAUACUCAAUAGAUGAAUACUCUCUACAGCAGACACCAGAUGGUAAAGUUUAUUUGGUACCUCACACAAAUAUGCAGAAAAGAGAGCAAUGCUGAAGACUUGGGGGAUAGUCUAUUAUUUAAUACUCUUACAGAAGGUAUACUGCCAACUGAAAGUAUAUCAACAUGCUGGCAGUUCCAUAUUUAAUGUGGUUAUGACUUAACCCUCAUGUAAAACUAGCCAUACGUGUAUCAAUGGACACUUUGUGCUCUUACAAUUGACUGAAACCACACCAGAGUACUUUAUAAAAAAAUACUUUAUUAAAAAAAGUAAGACACUGCACAGCAGUCUUCAGUUUAAAAAAAGUUAAGUCUUCAGCACCAGCAUGAUUGUUCAGCAAACCUGUGAAAAGAGAAUCAAGUUAAAUAAAAGAACAAAAACUUUGGAAAUUGUAAUUUUUUUUCUCUCAUGUUGUACCUGAUUGAGCCAUUGUCACUGAAAUGAAGUCAGGUUUUCGAGACCAUGUGUGGAGUAUCCUAGAAAGCAGAAAAUCCAAAUAAGUAAAAUGUAAUCUUUCAAAAGAAAUGUAAUUUCUGUUCACAGCAUGCAAUAUGUUGUAGGGCCUCAAUGCACAUUUAGGAGGCCAAUAUUACCAGUCAACAUUGGUGUAAGUCAUAAUAAAAACUUGAUACUUGUUGAAAAA